AUGACCAAAGAAGCAUCCUCAUCCAGCGAUAUGCUGCCUGCCAAGCCCACCAGCACCACCACCGUUACAAUCGCAGGCAAACAAAAGACAACACCGUGGGAGAAGAAAUUGGAGCAGCGAAGGAAGCAAGAGUCGAUCAAGCAAAGAGAACGCGAGAUGAAGGCCGAAAAGGAGUCCGAGGCUGAAAGAAAGAAGCAGGUGACGCGCGAACGAAAGCAAAUGGCCGAGGAGAAGGCACGACUCGAGAUCAUGGCACAAAAGAUGAGCGCAAAGCGACUGGCACGCAAGAAGCGCCGUCUGGGCAUCACCAAAAAGGUUUCGCACGCAUGA